UGCUCCAUCCGAUCUUUCGUUCUCUUCUGCCCUACAUAUUGCUACCCUCCGGCCUCUACACUGUGGCAUAACUCAUCAACAGCAGCAACACCUCGGCGAUCCGGUCCGACGUCAUGCCCAAGCUCUUUCCCAAAUCAGACGCUCGUGCGACAACAACCCCCACCCGCCGGAAACGUCUCUUUCUCAGCUAUGCCCCAGACUGGGCCGUCACCAUCCUCCUAUGGGGCCUCUUCUACCUCCUCGAUAAAAUCGACGGCUACAGACGUCUCUUCGACGUCACAGACACUUCCCUAGCGCAUCCUUAUGCCGACCCGGAGCGAGUCCCCGUAUGGCUUGCAGGCGUGCUUUGUGGGGCUGUACCUGCUAUUUUGAUCAUCCUUGUCGCUGCGUUCGAGAGGAGGUCGUUCUGGGAUGGACAUAAUGGGUUACUCGGCCUGAUACUCGGCUUGGGCCUGACGGUGACCUUUACAAACAUCAUCAAAAUCACAGCAGGCCGCCCCCGCCCCGACCUCUUCGCCCGCUGCAUCCUCCCCCCCACCCUCACCUCCAACCCCACCCACUCCCUCACCUCUUGGACCGCCUGCACCACGACCGAUAAGCACCGUCUGCAGGAAGGGUUCAGGAGUUUUCCGAGUGGGCAUAGUAGUUUUGCAUGGUGUGGGAUGUGGUAUCUGAUCUUGUAUCUCGCUGCUAAAAUGCGCAUAAACAACCGCCAAGGCUUCACCUACAAAUCCUGGCUCCUCCUCGCCCCUCUCUCCUGCGCCUCCCUCAUCACCGUCUCCCGCACCAUGGACUAUCGCCACCACGCUACCGACGUCAUCGCCGGGUCCUUGAUCGGGGUUGCGGGUGGGUGGUAUAGUUAUCGGCAGUAUUAUCCUCCGUUAUCGCAUCCUCAAGCAUACAAACCACACUCCCCCCGAAUCCCGCGAGACGACCCCUCCCUACCCCUCCACCACCACCACCACCCCCACCACCCUUCCUCCCCUUCCUCUCAUCCAGGAAGAGACAGCCAAGAAGUCAUGCUCAAACCUCUGCCUCCUCAGCAUCUCAAUGCCAACGGGAACGGACAACACUCUCCAUUCGGCGGACAGCCUGGGUUUGGGGGGCGGUACCAAAGCCGAGGGAAAGGAGGGGGAGGGGAAGGGGGGCAUCAUCAGUCGAGUAUGGGUACGGGGAUGACGAGUUCCAGCGGGGGUGUCAUCCAGGAGCAGGAGCGGCAGCAGGAGCAGGGGCAGCAGGUGGUGGGGGAGGCGGAUCUGGGGGCGCGGGGGGAGAUGGUUGGGAGGUAA